AGCUGGUCAGCACCGCCCAGAUAGAGGGUUUUGCAAGCAGUGCUGCUUUUCCCGCUGGCGUUAUGAAGACUUCUGUGGGACUGUGCACGUUGCUGCUGCUGUUUUGUGGUGUUGUUGAUUCGCAGAGUACUCAACAAGCAACGACUCAACAAGCAACAACUGCAGCUACAACGACCAAACAAGCAACAGCUGCAGCGACCCAACAAGCAACAGCUGCAGCGACCCAACAAGCAACAGCUGCAGCUGCAACAGGACAAGCAACAGCUGCAGCUGCAACGGGACAAGCAACAGCUGCAGCUGCAACUGCAACGGGACAAGCAACAGCUCCAGCUCCAACUCCAAGGACCAAACAAGCAACAGCUGCAGCGACCCAACAAGCAACAGCUGCAGCUGCAACGACGGGACAAGCAACAGCUGUAGCUGCAACAGGACAAGCAACAGCUGCAGCUGCAACGGGACAAGCAACAGCUGCAGCUCCAACUCCAAGGACCAAACAAGCAACAGCUGCAGCUGCAACGACGGGACAAGCAACAGCUGUAGCUGCAACAGGACAAGCAACAGCUGUAGCUGCAACAGGACAAGCAACAGCUGUAGCUGCAACAGGACAAGCAACAGCUGCAGCUGCAACGGGACAAGCAACAGCUCCAGCUCCAACUCCAAGGACCAAACAAGCAACAGCUGCAGCUGCAACUGCAACGGGACAAGCAACAGCUCCAGCUCCAACUCCAACAACUAAACAAGCAACAACUGCAGCUCCAACAACUGAACAAGCUACCAAUGAAACUCAGAAGCCUCCUACUGCAAGUCAACCAGUUUGUCCUCCAGCUCCAACAACCAAAAGUCCUACUCAAAUGGCUUCAAUGGAGUAUAGCAGAGGAGUUAAUCAUCGUGAGUAUUAUGAGAAUGAAGGUUAUGAUGGAUGGUUUAACAACCUUGCUCAUCCUGAUUGGGGUGGUGCUGAUAUGCAAAUGACGAGACGAGUUGAUCCUGCAUAUGCCGAUGGUGUUUAUCACCCAUCUGGACGCAGUAGACCGAAUCCUUUGUUCAUCAGUGAGAGAGUGAUGGCUGGAGAGACAGGCUUCCCAUCAUAUCAAAACAAAACUGCCCUUAUGACAUUCUUUGGUCAACAAGUGGUUGAGGAGAUUCUUGAUGCUCAAGCAGCUGGUUGUCCACCGGAGUACUUCAACAUUCCUAUACCUAGGUGUAAUAAGCUUUAUGAUCCAGAUUGCGAAGGAGGAAAGGAGCUGCCAUUGAGGAGAGGCCGUUACAACUUUAAUACAGGAUAUGCUCCUAAUGUGCCAAGGGAACAUUUGAAUGAAAUCACACCUUGGUUUGAUGGUGGAUUGAUGUAUGGAGUGACGAAGGCAUGGGCAGAUGCGUUGAGGUCACAUUCAGAUGGCAAGUUGGCGUGUCAUGAUGCUGAGUGUCACUUUCCAGAGACAAAUGAGAUUGGACUGCCUAUGGCUAAUCCACCACCACCAGCUGAUCAUUUCUUGAAACCUGUUCAGAGAUUCUAUAAGUUGGGAAAUCCUCGUGGUGAUGAGAACGCGUUUCUUCUUACAAUGGGAGUGUUUUGGUUUCGUGUUCAUAAUUACUUUGCUGAUUGGGUAAAGAAAACAACAGGAUGGACAUCAGAUGAGAAGAUCUUCAAUCGUGCACGACAGUGGACCAUUGCAGCUCAUCAAAAGAUUGUCUUCUAUGAUUGGCUGCCUGUUUUUCUUAGCCUGUCAUCAGCACCAAUAUAUGGGGGAUAUCAGCGAGCUGUACAUCCAGGUAUAACACACAUCUUUCAGUCUGCUGCUAUGAGGUUUGGCCAUACUCUUGUUCCACCUGGUGUGGUCAGGAGGAGGAAGAACUGUAAAGUUAUUAUGACAACUACAGCAACAUCAUUUAAAGGAGAUAAAGUAGGUGUUCGCACGUGUAAUUCAUAUUGGAAUCCACAGGAUGCGUUUAAAGAAACAGACAUUGAUGAGUUGUUGAUGGGAAUGGCUUCACAGAUCACUGAGCGUGAAGAUAAUAUCAUCACUCCUGACUUGCGAGGGAGUGUGUUUGGACCGCUAGAAUUCUCGCGUCGUGAUUUGAUGGCUGUGAAUAUUCAGAGAGGACGAGAGCAUGGUCUGCCUGACUACAACACAGCUAGGAGAAACUAUGGCUUGAAAACUGUCACAUGCAGGAAGGACAUUAACCCAGAAGCUUAUGAUGUGAAUGGAAUGUAUUAUACAGAUAUGAAGAGUAUCAGAGAUGCCAUUGAUAACUUUGUUGAUAUUCACAGUAACAAGUUAAAUCGAGAACAUUUUCAACAGACAGGCGAGGACAUUGCACCAUGUAAUAUUUUUGGGAUCGGCAGGGAUGGAGAGGAUAAUUCCAGUUUACUGGGAAUUGAUGACACAUUUAACAACAUGGAUAUCUGGCCAGCAGGGCUAUUGGAGACUCAACCAACUGGACCUGGUGAACUGUUUCACACUGUAAUACUUGACCAAUUUGUUCGCAUUCGCAAUGGAGAUCGAUUCUGGUUUGAAAACGGGGAGAAUAAUUUGUUUACUGAUGAAGAAGUAGACAUGAUUCAUAAUAUGACUUUUGCCAAACUUAUUGUAGCAGUGACUGGUAUUGAGGAGCGUGACAUUCAAGAGAAUGUAUUUUUUCACAAAGAUGGUGAUCCAUGUCCAUAUCACUUUCAGAUCAAUGAAACAAUGCUUGAUGAGUGCACACCAAUGAAGACAUUCGAUUAUUUCUCAGGCAGUGAAGGACCAUUUAUUGCAACAUUUGUUUGUCUUGGACUUUGGGUUGUUUUGCUGAUUGUUAUGCUUAUUCUGCUAGCUAAACAUCGAGAGAGGUCUCAAAGAUCACAUCACAUUGUAAAAGCAACAAAUUCAAAGUCAAAAAGAGUUAAGACUGACAUGGUGUCUCAAGAUGUUAAACCUAUUGCUGAAACAACAGAGCUGAUGACAGAAGCUGGAGAGAGGGAAAUCAAUGUCUAUCUUAUGAAUGAUCCAAAACUUGAGUUAGUGGUUACAGACGAAGUAGGUCGGAAGCUCAGAAUGAUUUCUUUAGAAACUGCACGAGGUGUAGAACUGUGGCCAGCUCAUAACGACCCAGACUUAAUUGUUUUAAGAGUAAAUCACGACUAUGAUUUGAUUAUGAGGUUUCAGUCUGAGGCAAGUCGAGCAGCUUUUAUCCAAGACCUACAGGCUGGGUUGCAGGCAACACGUGUACCUGUCAACAUCAUGCAACAAUUCGGAAGAGAAUACAUUCGAAAUCAUGCUAUUACAAAGAAAGUACGCCAGCAAUUGGUUGAGGACUUUCUAAGGGAAGUGUUCGCUCGUGCAGCAGAGCCGUCUCGGUCCGUGAACAUGGCAAGUGGAGCAAGUGGGAGGAGAAAAGUGACCGAACAAGUUUUGAACUUUGAGUUGUCAAAAUCCGAAUUUGCUGAGACGAUGGGCAUGAAGGAGAACACUCUGUUUGUGGAGCAGAUGUUUCGAAUGGCUGAUGUUGAUCAGAGUGGAUACGUUACGUUUCGUGAAUUACUGGAUCUGAUGAUUAUUUUCAACAAAGGAAGUGCCGAGGAGAAGCUGAAACUGAUGUUUGAUUUGUAUGACAUUGACAAUUCCGGUUCUCUGGAGAAAGAAGAGUUUACAAGGAUGACAAAGGCACUACUGGAAAUGGUGAAUACAAGCAUGACUACAGAAAGGGUCAAUGAAAUGAUUACUGGACUGUUCACAGCUCGAGGAUUCCAACAGAAAGAUCACCUGACGUUUCAGGACUUCAAAGUUCUUAUGGAAGGCCAGACCGAAACUCUUCAAACUCUGCAGGGCACAGUGUCUGCGUUGCCUGGUGCUAGUGACACUAAAGUGUCUAAACCAUCUGGUAGUGCAGCUGCAGCUGCCGCAAAUCGCUCUAGGGCAUUUACUGCCACUGUGAAUGAUAGAAGGAUGACAAUUGUAAAGGCUUAUCAAGGAUCUAGUAUUAGAGAAUCUCCACAGCAACAGACUGUUGCUGAUGCAGCUCCAGAAGAGGCCGAUACCAGAAAGCCACAAGAUUUACCUGAGAGUGCAUUUCGAAGAAUUUGGCUUCGGUAUGUGAGGUUUGCAGAGAACUACCGACUUCAGAUCUUUUGGACGUUUAUGUUUCAUCUGGUGACUAUGCUGAUAUUCGUGGAGAGAGCUUACUAUUAUUCUGUUGAACGUGAGUAUGCUGGUCUACGUCGUAUUGCUGGGUAUGGAGUGACAAUCACACGAGGAGCUGCGUCAGCAAUGGCAUUCACUUACUCAGUUCUUUUGGUUCCUAUGUGUCGUAACAUUAUCACUGUUCUCAGGGAGACUCCUCUAAAUCGCUACAUACCGUUCGACUACUUGCAUGGCUUUCACAAACACAUUGCAGUGACUGCAUUGAUAUACACGAUCACACACAUGCUUGGACAUUCCAUCAACUUCUAUCACAUUGCAACACAGAAUGCUGAUGACCUCACUUGUCUCUUCAGAGAUUUCUAUCAUUUCAGUGAUGAGCUACCUAAAUUUACUUUCUGGUGCUACCACACACUUACUGGUGUGACGGCUAUUCUUCUUGUCAUUGUAAUGGCUGCUAUCUAUGUGUUUGCUGUUCCGUAUGCUCGUCGCCAUAUCUUCAUCUGGUUCUGGAACACACAUAAGCUCUACGUCUUUUUCUAUUUCCUGCUUGUUCUUCAUGGAUGCGGACGCCUUGUCCAGGCUCCACUUUUCUACUUUUACUUCCUUGGUCCAGCAUGUCUUUUUGCUGUUGACAAGCUGGUCAGUGCAUCAAGAAACCGAGUGGAGGUUGGAGUAGUGAAGGCUGAAAUCUUGCCUUCCCAAGUGACUGGACUCUAUUUCAAACGUCCGGCUAAUUUCGACUACAAGUCUGGCCAGUGGGUGCGCGUUGCUUGUCUGAAACUGUCCAGUGAAGAGUAUCAUCCUUUCACUUUGUCUUCAGCUCCUCAUGAGGAAACACUUAGUCUUCAUAUUCGAUCUGUUGGUCCUUGGACCAGUAACUUACGACAAGUUUAUGACACUUCACCACCUUACCCAAAGUUGUACUUGGAUGGACCGUUUGGUGAAGGUCAUCAAGACUGGCAUCGUUUCGGUGUUUCUGUAAUGGUUGGUGGAGGCAUAGGAGUUACCCCAUUUGCUUCCAUUCUGAAGGAUGUGGCCAAUCAGAACAAGCAGACAAUUGGUCGUAUGACGUGCAAUAAGCUGUAUUUCAUCUGGGUGACAAGAACACAGAAGCAGUUUGAGUGGUUCACUGAAAUGAUACGCGAGGUGGAAGAUGCUGACGAUAGAAACAUGAUUGAUAUUCAUAUCUUCAUUACACAGUUCUAUCGCAAGUUUGACCUUCGAACAACAAUGCUGUAUGUUUGUGAGCGUCACUUUGAACGUGUUGCUGGCCGUUCUCUCUUUACUGGUCUUCGUUCGGUAACUCACUUUGGGCGUCCUCCGUUUGAGAAGUUCUUCACACGGUUGAAGGAGCAUCACAGCACUGUUCCAAGAAUGGGUGUCUUCUCAUGUGGUCCACCUCCUAUGACGAAAUCGGUAGAAGCUGCUUGCAGUAAAUUGAAUGAGUAUGAUGGGCCAAUAUUCAACCAUCAUUUCGAGAACUUCUAAGUCUUGCUGACUUUAGGACUUUGACUGAUUUUUUCUGUGUGGUUCUGACAUAACAUUUUACUUUUGGUUUGCUGGCAUUAUCAUUAUGAUGUAGCGCAUAUAGUUUGUAGCUUUCGUGUUGUGUGUUUUGCUAACUUGGAACAAGUUCGCUACCUAGCUGUGGUGAUGAUAUUAAAUGUAGAUCGACUACAUGCGGUGUACUGUAUCAAUGAAUUAAAACACUUGAUUCUGGUUGCA